CAGACUGGUCACUAAAACUUCAUUCCAUCAUGUCAUGGAAAAGGAACUACUUUGCAUCCGGCAGCAGUGGGCUGCAGGGCAUCUUUACCCCCCGAACCAUGACGUCUAUCGCCCCCAGCAAAGGACUCAGCAAUGAGCCAGGACAGAACAGCUGCUUCCUCAACAGUGCUUUGCAGGUCCUCUGGCACCUGGACAUUUUCCGCAGAAGUUUCCGGCAGCUCACCACACACAAGUGCAUGGAGGACUCGUGCAUCUUCUGUGCUCUCAAGAGCAUUUUCGUUCAGUUCCAGUACAGCUCUGAGAAGGUGCUGCCGUCAGACGCCCUGCGCACCGCUCUGGCCAAAACCUUUCAGGACGAGCAGCGCUUCCAGCUUGGCAUCAUGGACGACGCUGCUGAGUGCUUUGAGAACAUACUAAUGCGUAUCCAUUUCCACAUCUCUGAUGAGACCAAGGAGGACAUCUGUACAGCCAAACACUGCAUUCCACACCAGAAAUUUGCCAUGACCCUCUUUGAGCAGUGUGUAUGUGGGAGCUGUGGAGCGUCAUCAGACCCGCUGCCCUUUAUUCAGAUGGUGCACUACAUCUCCACCACCUCUCUCUGUAACCAGGCUGUAAAGAUGCUGGAAUGCAGAGAGAAACCAACUCCAGAUAUGUUUGGUGAGCUGCUGAGGAACGCGAGCACUGUAGGAGACAUGCGUAACUGUCCUGGAAACUGUGGAGAAAAGCUGCGGAUUCGACGGGUUCUUAUGAACUCUCCAGAGAUCAUAACCAUCGGUCUGGUGUGGGACUCCGAAAACUCAGACCUGGCUGAAGAUGUCAUCCACAGUCUGGGCACCAUCCUGCGCCUCGGAGACCUUUUCUCCAGGGUGACUGAGGAGAAGGCCAGACAAGCAGAGCUCUACCUAGUGGGCAUGGUGUGUUACUACGGCAAACACUACUCCACCUUCUUCUUCCAGACCAAGAUCCGCAAGUGGAUGUAUUUCGACGAUGCCCAUGUCAAAGAGAUCGGGCCUAAAUGGAGGGACGUGGUGUCUCGUUGUAUAAAGGGUCACUACCAGCCGCUGCUGCUUCUCUACGCUGACCCGCGCGGCUCUCCCGUGUCCUUGCAGGACCUGACACCCCGCCUGGACCUGCACCACUACACCAAAACCUACUAUGACAGCGAGGACUCCGGUCGUGAGCCAUCCAUCUCAAGCGACACCCGAACCGAUUCUUCAACAGACAGCUACAGCUACAAACACUCGCACCAUGAGUCCAUGGCCUCACACCUCUCGUCUGACUCCCAGGGAACCAUAAUCUGCAACCCAGAGAAAACCGCGUCUCACAGCAGCCUUGACACGACAGUUUGUGGUGUAGGUCCUCUGACGGACAGCGAGUCUGUACAGCGUCACACCUCCAGAAAAUCCGCGACAACAGAAAAGAAGAUCUUGGACAGGAAGAGGAGCUCCAGCCGUCCCCGCCGAUUAGAGGAGCGAACACGAGCCUCAAAGUCUGAUGAGGUGUCUUCUGCAGGAUACCACAGUGAAGGAGAGACCCUAAAAGAGCAGCAGGUCCCUCGUGCUCCCCCUAAACCCAGCUUAAGCCGAUUUCGUGACUUGAAGGACAGCAUGAGCAGCAUCAUCCUGAACCGGCCUCUCUCGGCCGACAGCACCAGCAGCGAGUCCAGGUCCAGCUCCGGAGGAGGACGAUACAGGCCAGCCUGGAAACCUCGCCGAGAUGCUCUCAACAUCGACAGCAUCUUCAGCAGAGAGAGACGCAAGCAGGCCGGUUACAGCCCGCUGAGCACCUCCUUUCCCGAAGGGCACCAGGGGGCGCCGGCCAGCUCGCUUCAGCAGCGUGCAGGGUUUAAUGCCACUUCUGCCUCUAAGACUCUACCGUUAUCACAGGUUAGGGGGGCGGAACCUUCUCGGCUCAUCCAGAGAAUGGAGAGUGGGUACGAGAGCAGUGAGAGGAACAGCAACAGCCCCGUUAGCUUGGACAUGCCUAUAAAUGAGGGCACCACUAAUGGAUUACACAGUUAUAAAGACGCAGGUUUUAUCAAGCCUCCCGCUUAUGUCGAUCCUCCAUGGAAGAACGUCCAGAAGUCAAAGAGCAGCAGUUCCUUGCUGAAGGAUGUCAAAGCUUCUAUCAAAGGAAGCAGUCAGUUGAGUUUAGCGGUGGAGGGCCGGAGCGAGCUGGACGAGCUGCAGGAGGAGGUGGCACGUAGGGCAAAAGAGCAGGAGCUACAGAGGAGAGAGGAGAAGGAAAGAGAGGCAGCAGUAGGCUUCAACCCCAAACCCAGCAAGUUCAUGGACCUUGAUGAGCUACAGAGUCAAGGGAAGGGGGACGGCUUUGAGCGGUGCGUUCUGGAUGCUGAAGCUCUGUUAGAUCAGUCUCUGAGGAUGGAGCAGGCAGGCGAGGUCGCCACUGCACUCUCAGUAGUAAACGAAGCUGUGUCCAAACUAAGGCAUGCCAUGCAUGAGGGCAGUGCUAUCGGGCAGGGCAGAACAAUGGCUGAGGGUCGGAUGCAAAAGUGUAUGAGGAGAGCACGGGGCCUGCAGCAGCGCAUGCAACAGCAGCAGGACAAACUGCAGCAGCAGGACAAACAGCAGGAGAAACAGGAAGAACAGAAGAAAAAACUGCCUCUCAGUGAGCAGCCUGUCAAGGUCCAAAUACUUCUGACCGAAGCUCAGGAGGAGGUUGUAGAUGUGCUUUCAGAAGGUUCUUUAGGUCCACCUUCAUCUCCAGUCAUAAAAGCUCAUUCCAUUGCUUCAUCCACUUCUGAUCUCCCUUCUAACUCCAGAGAGGUCUCCCAGCGUCCUGCUUCAACUGAUAACGGACAGCAUCAGCACCCAAACCUGGACUCACAGGAACGUUCCUUAGCUGCUAGCGCCUGCUCUGUACCCAUUCCGACAGUUAGCAUUACGCCUGAGAUGCCCACACUGGCCAGAGAAAGAUUGGAUGCUUAUGUACACAGGCCGAGCCACCUGGCCAUAUCCCGGAGCCUUAGCGUCCCCCACUGUGACUUGAAAAGAUGCUCCUCCUCCUCCUCCUCUGAAAACUGUGUCCCGGAGGAGAAGCAGCACAUGCGUCACUCUCACCAGUCCUCACUUCUUAACCGUGUACCAUCACAGCAUCCUGAGACGACUCUGUCUGCCCGCCAUUCCUCCUCCUCUUCCUCCCUCCUCGGGAUACGCUCCUACUCACCAGCCAAACCCAUGCCUGUGGAGUCCUGGGCUGAAAAUGUAAACAAAUACUACAACUCCCAAAAUACUACACAGCCAUGUGGCUCACCCUGUGAGGAAGAGUUGUCUGAACUGGACUCGCUGUACAGGGCCAGCUUACGGGCUCCCAGCUUGCCUCGGAGCUCCAGUAGGGCCAGUCAACACCCGACUGGUAGACAAGGUCCCGCUGCAGCACGACGUCUCACCUCCGCACACACCGGCUCGCUUAACCGCUCCAAAACGCCCACUGCUGAGAUCGAGAGGAGUGCCUACAGGACACCGGAAUAUGUCAGCGCUCCUGUACAGAGACCUUUGUAUGACGUGCCAGUGGGCGAGGACGAAUUGUACAGUGCUGAGAAUCUGCGGCGCAUCACCCGCAGUAUGAAUGGGAACGCCACCAUAGGACGAGCCGACAACAUGGUUUCCUCUCGCAGCUUUGACCCUCCUGCCACAAGGAUCGGUAAGCAUGCCGACCCUCGGCCGAGCACGCACCACUCCGGCGCCUCCCUGCAUGCUGCACCCAUUACCCACAAUCCUUCAGUGUUUACCCAUCAGCCUCAGAAUCAAUACCUGCAUGCAGCUCAGCAGCAUCCUGCCCUACCACCACCACCACUGUCAUACCAGCAGGCUGUGCGGUCAUCUCGAGGACACCCAGGAGAUUCCCAAAAGUUUCUGGCUGUGCUUGACCGGGGUGAAGCUCUCUCGCGCUACAGUUCCCACAGCGCGGCACUAAGCUACGGCACGCUGCCUCGGGCACCCCGGAGACCUGCGCCACCCGGUCCCACCAUGCCUCCGGUCAGAGCUGGACCAGUCGCUCACUCCGAGGGCCGGAACUUCACAGACGCUCGCUACGCCACCCUGGCUUCUUCAAGCAGACCCGCAGAUGUUCCUUACCGCCAGCCUCGGCAUGCCAGCCUGCCCAGGCAAGCCUCGUCUGCUGCUCAGCCCACGCGCAUGGACAUGCCGCCAGAGGGGGACUGGCGAACCGCUAGCUACAGGACGGCUCCCUCGGAUGGCCAGGCGUCGAGAGCCCACCGCGGUACCCCGAUGCAGCUCUGCCUGCGGUGCCAGAAGAGCCCGGCUGAAUUCGUCAGCGCCUACUGUCAGGCCUGCAUGGCAUACAUUAAACACUACAGACCAACAAGCUGAGUGCUGCACUGUUUCAGAGAGAGGUCAGCAAAUGGGCAUCUACUACCUGGAAUUUAUAGGCUACAGGCUGACCAGCUGGGUGCUGGGCUAUAACUGGACAGAAGGUGUAAACAAAAAAAGGUGUUUGAAGGGGGGUCAUCCAGUUCAUUUCUUCUUUCCAUUUCUCUCAAUCUGAUAAUUUUACAUACAUCAUUACUGAGGAAGAGUGGUAUCUCAUCAGAGUUUAUGAUCUAUGAAUACUCAUG